AUGUCGCAUGAAUGUUCGCAGGCGUCCAUGGCGACGGCGUGCGACUGCAUCUACCAGCUAGUGCAGCAGCGACAGGCGGAUGCGAAACAGCUCGACGACCUGGCGAAGCAGCGACACCGGCUCAUGUGCGACCUGGCGACGGCGGAGAGUCGCUCGGAUCGUCUAGAAGACGAGCUGGAAGUCGCAAGGCGAAAAAUCCAGUCGCUUACAGCGCAGGAGCAAAAAGCGGCGGCGGAGUUCAAGGCGCAGAUCAAGAAGUUAAGAGCAGAGAGGGACGAGCUCAGCAAGCAUGUCAUCGCCCUGCAGCAAGUGAAGGCGCAGCAGGCGUUCGAGCUGCGCAAGGAGAAGCGCGAGUUUGUGAAGCUGCAGGAGAAGCUCGCGUCUUGCGUGGGGGGCAAGCGCACGCCCCCCAGGCAGCCGGGAGUGGAUAUUGUCAACCUCAAUCCCCAGUCAGAGGGCAGGCAGAGGGCCACAUGGGGCGGGAAGAAGUCAGAUAGCAACUUUUACAAGCGCAUGAUGGAGGCGCAUGAGAGGCAGCUGAGGGCAGUGGGGGAGGACAGCAAGCAGCUCAUGGCAGUCAUUCGCUCCAUGCAGGACGUGUACGCCCUGCCACCCAACAUGGCCUGUCCACACAUCAUGGAUCUGCACCAACGCAUUGUGACGGCCAUGCGUGAUCUCGUCCAGAGAGCAGCGCAGCAGCAGGCAGCCUCUGCUGCAGUGGGUGGUGGCUGUACCGGAGGGGACAGUAACGAGAUGGCUGCUCUGAGAGAAGAGCUGGAGGCGUGCAGAGAGCGUUUGGCCGAGCAGGGUGAGCUCCUGAUAUGCAACUACAUGUAUGUUGAGGUGAUGCGAUACGAAGUUUAUUGGUAUAUGCUGUGA